GGGGAAGGCGAAUGCGAACACGCGGCGAGCCAAGCCGGACGAGGAGGAGGAGGAGGAAUGCGCUGGUCAUCGCGGCGAGAACGACGAAAACAGCUCAUUGUGGAUGUCGAUCAGCAGCGAACGGCAAAACAGCUGCCUUGGCUAUUUCCUCCGACAGUCGAGAGCAAAGAGCGGCGGCUAGUGGGAGGUGAAGCAGUGUUGAGAUAA